GCGCGAUAGAUAUAAAUGAUUCUAAUCUGGACAAGUUGACUUUUUAGCUUUUUAAGAUGUUUUAGUUUAUUUUGAGAUUUAGUCAGUCUUUAAGUGCCAAUAUAUACUGUGUGUCCUGAAGCACAAAUUAACUGCAACUGAAUACAACCAGCAAUAAAGUGAAAAUCAAGUAAAAUUUCUAUCAAUUCCUCGAGGGUACUGUUCGAAUUGCUGUCAGUUUGAUACAGACAGGGAUAUACGAUUUUUACUGUUCCAAAAAGGCAGUUCUGGCAAUGGAGUACCUAUAGUACCCUACGAUGAACCAGGAGCCGCUAGAAGAGCCGGGGUAAACCCGUCGUGGAAAACUGUAAUAUUUAUUCACGGAUUUUCCGAAGUUUCACCUGGUCAGAGUGGUACAGCAAUUGCCGAAGCUUAUUUGAACAGACCCGAAUACUACAACGUCAUAAUUUUGGACUGGAGCGAACUAUCGGCGUUUCCAUGGUACAGAACGUCAGUUCAAAACGUCAAAGUGGUGGGGGAAGUACUGAAAAGGUUUAUCAUGACGUUCCACGAGAGCGGGGAAAUCCCCAGGGAAAACCUGCACGUUAUCGGGUUCAGUUUGGGCUGUCAUAUUGCAUCAAUGGCGGGAAAAAGUCUCCCUGAAAAUGUGAGAAUUCCUAGGAUAACGGCUUUGGAUCCGGCGUAUCCAGAAUUUCCUAUACAAGAUCGAACCAAAAGAUUGGCAAACACUGACGCUGAUUACAUUGACGUUAUCCAUACAGACAGUGGCAUUUUCGGUUUUCCUGUUUCCAUUGGGCAUUCAGAUUUCUAUCCUAAUGGAGGAAGAGCACUUCAACCGGGCUGUCAACCAAGUUAUUUAGCUAGUCAACAGAUUGUAGAGCAAGUUGUUGCUUGCAGUCAUGUAAGAGCAUGGAAACUCUACGUAGAAUCUGUGAUAAAUCCGUCAGCCUUUCCUGUAACUCGCUGUCAAAAAUGGGGAGGAGAACACAAACAGUGUAACUUCACAGUGGAUGGAUACAUGGGAUUUGCUAGUAACCCAAAUAUGAACGGAAAGUACUACCUUAGGACUGGAUUUAAGUAUCCUUACGGAUUGACAGUUGCAGAACAACAGAUUUAGAAAAAAAAACAAGAAAAAUUGCAGUUUGAAGACAGUAUUACAAUGAAUUCAAAAAGGAUUUUUUAUUCUACUACAAAAGCUCUCUAUAUUUAUUAAAAUAGUUUUUUUUCUGUAGUUUUUAGCAUUAACUGAUUAUUAGAACAUGAAAG